GCAGCGUGCUCAGAAUGACACAGCCCAGUACAGUGCUGAGCAUUUUCGCCAUGUUUCUUCACACCACUUUUGGGGAAAGUGGUUGUACCUCAGCAGACGGUGAUGGGACUCUUGGAGAUGAUGAACCAGACAAUUUUGACAUUGAUUGCUUCAGCCAGCUGGAAUUUAAGGACUCCCUUAGUAGCCUGACCUGCAAUUUUACUGAGCUGCCCCCUCACAACACUAACUAUACCCUGUCUCUGUGUACCAAGGAAGACCGCAAUUACAUGUGCUUUAAUAUGGAGAAACAAGAAGAUGCAUACUUCUUAGAGUUCACUGAUAUACUCUCAAAUACAGACAUUUGCAUGGACUCUGAGGCAAAGAGAAGGGUCUGCAGACGUCUGGUUGUAACUGACAUUGUUAAACCUGAAGUACCAUUCGCUAUAAACAUCACAUACCAAAGGGAGGCAAACGAGUAUCUUAUUCGUUACAGUACACCACACUCAUGGAAGAAAUACCUAAGGGACAAAUUAAUGCACCAAAUAGCCUAUCGGCAGAAAGAAGAUACUUGGAAGACAAUAAAUUCGCCAUACCUUCAGAUAAAAUUGCUGGGAAAAAACCUCAAAACUGAUGCAUUGUAUGAGGUGAAAGUACGUUCACAGCCCUAUGGAGAUUUUUUUAAGGGCACAUGGAGUGAAUGGAGCACUUCCAAAAGCUUCAGGACAGCAAGAGAGCAGCACUCCGCAGAGAACUAUAGCAGUAUGGUCAUGGUUAUACUCUCCAUCCUGGGAUUCAUGCUGUCCGUUGUUGUGAUUGCACUGAUCAUAAUUUUUUGGGAAAAGAGGAUCAAGCCUGCUGUAUGGCCAAACCUUCCUGAUCACAAAAAAACGCUGGAACAACUAUGCAGGAAGCCAAAAAAUAAUUUUGAUAUAAGCUUUAAUCCAGAGAGCUUUGGUUAUGUUCAUAUCCAUAAAGUGGAUGGUAUUCGGGCAAAAGCUGAACUGGAAAAUUUUCUGCAGUCAUCAACCACUCCAGAGACAAGCCUUCCCGAAAAGUUCAGGAAUGGAUCAGAGCUGAAGAUGAUCCCUGCGAUGACAGACAAAAGCAACCUCAACCUGUCUGUGACGUACGGAGGAGUCUGGCCAGCUGAAGCCCUGCACAGCCUCCUGGAUAUGAGCCAGUUUGCGGUCACCAAAGGAAACUGCAGCUCCAGCACGUACGAGGUGUGUCAUGGCAACAGGGUGCCCCUGCAUAACCGUGGUUUCAACCUUUCCUCCACUCCUCCGCUGGAUCCCUCUGGUCGGCUCAGUCCAGAGCCCCUAAAUGAUGACACCAUAUCUGAGACACUGACUAAUAGUGAAAUGAGAUCACCAAACAAUGAAGAUGCCUAUGUCACAAUGUCCAAUUUUUACAAAAUUCAGUAA